CACACAUCGAGCGCUCCUAUCCAUUUGAAGUGGUCGUGGCAGGAAUGCGCUUCGGCGAAUGAGAAAACAACAUGGCGGACCAGCGGGACGUUCAAAAUUGUAAACGAAACGCGAACUCCAGCAUUUUAAUGUCGGGUAGUUCAGCGGUGGCCAUGGAGAUUAAACGGAAGAAAAUACGACAGAGUGCCUUAUUCCAGCACACAGAGAACGCCAAAAUUCAAGACAAGCUGGACUUUGAGGUGCGGAUGCGAGACGGCGCCUAUAAGCUGCUGAUCGCUUCCAGCAAGAGAGAGCAGAUCCUCAACGCCUCUAAGAACCUGCUGACCUGCAACGCCAGGAUCAAAGCGUACAUUGGUCAGAUGGAGAAGGAGCAGCAUCUGCAUGAUAUGAGAGAGAGGCUUUCAGAGGAGCGUGUGCCUUGUCGAGCAACAAUCGCUCUGUCUGGUAUUCGUAUUCCAUUAAUGUGGAAGGAUCAGGAUCACUUUAACAACAGAGGAAGCUCGCGGCGAGUGGCUCUGUUCUGUCUGAUGAAGAUGGGUUCUCAGGUGUUUGACACCAAGAUGGUAAUAGUGGACAGAUCCAUCACUGACGUCUGCUUUGAGGAAGUCACCAUCUUCAGCGAUGCAGUUCCUCAGUUUGAGCUGAGAGUGGAGCUGUGGAGCUGUGCCGUGGACGAGGAGCUGACUUUAGUAAACACUCCUAGAAAGCUGGCCAAAAAGCUCCGGAACUCUUUUGGGAAGACAGCUGGCAAGAAGCUCUGCCCCCUGCUGGACAGUCCCGACCCUGACACUUUCCUUCAGUACAACCCAGUGCCUGCAGGAGCUAAGUACAACCUGCUGGCCUACUCUACCAUGCGACUGCCUGAGGCUGAAAGCAGCUUUCAAUCCAUCUCGCUCGUUGUGCUGCUAAAUGCUGAUUGGUCGUCCUGGCUUCCACUUUACGGCAAUCUGUGCUGCCGCUUGGUGGCCCAGCCUGCAUGUAUGACGCAGCGUGUCAUGGCAGGCUAUCUCAAUCAGAAGCAAAGCGUGGAGGGCCUCCAGCGCUGCUGCAGACUCUACUGCGUGUUGAGCGCCGCCUCCUUGUCAUGCUACUUCAGCCCAGAGGAGAUUGGAGCUAAACUGCAGCCCACACUCAGCCUGGCAGUCAACAAGGACACUCGAAUCCGACUGAUGGAGAAGGAGUCAGCGGGCAGGAGGAGCAUAAGUCUGUCCAUCAUCAAUUGUUCAUCAGAGGGAACUCACACUGUGGUCUUCACAGCAGACACUGAAGAGGAGCUGUAUGAAUGGCAGGAGGCCCUCCAGCAGCACCUUUAUGAUCAGAGUGAGUGGCUGCACUGCUGCAAACAGCUUAUGAAAAUAGAGGUUGCGUCGCCACGGAAACCCUCGCUCUUCCUCGACAAGCAAGCGGACUGUGUUUACAACGAGCUGAGUAUAAAUUCUCCCGGGAGGUUUGAGGGCAUCACAGACAUCAUCCACAACAGGAUUGAGGAGACAGAAGGACGCUUCCUGAUUGGUCAGGAGGAGCAGACGCAGGCUGCUGAUUGGUCCACUCUGUUUGAUGGCUGCCACUCAGUGGUGGUGCAGAAGAGGAAUGGUCCAUCCCAGAGUCAAACCUCCACCCCUUUCUCUAGCCCUAAGGCCGCCUCCAGCUCCGCCCCCAAUAGCGGCAAGAAGCGCCGUGCCCCGCCCCCUCCUCCUUCUCACCCUGACAGACCCCCUCGUCCUCCUGUUUCCCACCGGGAGAAGGAGAACUCCAUCACGCUGCGCCCCAAGACCAAAACGGGCCGACCGUCCUUGGACGCCAAGUUCUCCGCCAUCAUCCAGCAGCUCCAGCGGAACAACUACGGGGGCGCGCCGGCGCUCGGCCGCAAGAAUGCUCCGUUGGGCGUUCUGGAGGACUGUGGCGAGGCUCCGCCCCCUCACCUGAGCCACCGGGACUCAGGUGAACGUGGCUUUGAAAGAGGCGGCCAUGUUGGCGGUCCUACUGAUGCAAGCAGGAGCCGAGUAAGGAAGUCUUUCAGGGACAGGAUGAACCUUAAAGCUGCAUAAAAAUUACUUUUAUUACUGCCUACAACAUUUUAUACAUGUAGUACAGCGUAAGUUUACUGCAGUCCGUACAUGUAUUCAAAAUCUAACAAGUCUAUCCUACUACAUUUCAUACAUGUACUACUGUGUACUUUUACUACAUAUCAUACAUUUAUUACUGCGUACGUUUACUAGUUUGUACAUGUAUUACUGUGUACUACAUUUCAUACAUACUGCGUACAUUUACUACGGUUUUUGCAUGAAUUACUUUGUACUUUUACUACAGGUUAUUCCUACUUCGAACCGCAAUCAGUAAGUUUUGAUCUUAUGUUUAAGAAACCUCUUUUAUACAGCAGAACCUCUAAAGUCAAACAGCGCUGAAACAGACCACGAAUAUUGUAUGGCGUGAGACCUCUCCGAGAAGGAUGAAUUACUUUGAAGCGAAUUACUUUGUGAAUUACUUUGAGCGAAUAUUUGUAUUCAAGCGAAUAUUUGUCUUUUAUUAACAGCCUCACUUCUUUUUCAACCACAAUUAUUAACAAUAUAAAAAUUACACUCGUAAAGUACACGUAUAUUUUUUUAGGAUAUCAGGAGUGAGACCUCUCAGUUGAAAUAUCAAUGUCUUUGUGUUUUAGCUUUUUCUUGGCGAACAUUAGGCGAUGACAUUGGUGCUCAACUGGCGACGUCGCCCAGUUCAAAACGUACAAGCGACUAACAUUUUUACAAAAGAUUCCAAAAAAACACAUAGUACUCUUCUUAUAUAGAAGAUGCUCAAAAACAGCAGAGCACCCUUGUCAUAUAGAGGAUCUUUGACCAAUGAUUUUGAAAAAUAUCUUUAAAAGCAGCAGAGCACUCCUGUCAUGUAAAGGGUUUUUGACGAAAGAUUCUUAAAAACAGCACAGCACUCCUGCCAUAGAAAUAAUCUUUGACUCAUGUUUUUGACAAAAGAUGCUCAAAAACAGCUGAGCACUCUUGUCAUAUAGAGGAUCUUUGACCAAUUAUUUUUUUUAAAUAUAUUUAAAAGCAGCAGAGCACUCCUGUCAUGUAAAGGGUUUUUGACGAAAGAUUCUUAAAAACAGCACAGCGCUCGUGCCAUAGAAAGGAUCUUUGACUCACGUUUUUGACAAAAGAUGCUCAAAAAAAGCAGAGCACUUUUGUAAUAUAGAGGGUUUUUGACCAAUGAUUUUUGAAAAAUAUCUUUAAAAGCAGCAGAGCACUCCUGUCAUGUAAAGGGUUUUUGACGAAAGAUUCUUAAAAACAGCACAGCACGCCUGCCAUAGAAAGGAUCUUUGACUCACGUUUUUGACAAAAGAUGCUCAAAAAAAGCAGAGCACUUUUGUCAUAAAGAGGGUCUUUGACCAAUGAUUUUUGAAAAAUAUCUUUAAAAGCAGCAGAGCACUCCUGUUAUAUAGAUGAUCUUUGACUCACGUUUUUGACAAAGAUCAAUAAAAAAAAGCAGAUAAUUUCUGGCAUAUAGGGGAUCUUUGACUCGCGUUUUUGACAGAACAUUUUUAAAAACAGCGGCCUUCUGUAAAAUUGAAGAUUAUUGAUUCGCUUUUUUGGCAAAAGAUAUUUAAAAACAAGAGAGCACUCCUGUCAUAUAAACUAAAGGAUAUUUGACUCGUAUUUCCAGGAAAGACCCAUACAAACAGCAGAGCACUCCUGUCAUAUGGAGGAUCUUUGACUUGUAUUUUAACAAAAGAUCUUUAAAAACAGCAAAGCACUCUGGCAUGUCGAGGAUCUUUGGAUUUGCCUUUUUCAGAGCGGUCCUGUCAUAUGGAAGAUCUUUGACCAGCGUAAACGUUAAAAGGUAUAACAGUGUUGCAAUGACAUUGUUGAGAUACAAAAUAAGAAUAAUAGUUAAAGUACAAGCCCUUAGAGUUCCUCCAAAACUGUUUGAAUAAUGUUUUAUUGUUAUUUUCCUAAAUCAUGUUAAAAUGAUACAAGAUCGCCUGCACAGUUAAAGUUUUUAAUGAUGGCCAGUUUGACCCUGCAACAGAUUAUUUUUAUUUACAUGAUUUCCAUGAGUUAAAAAGAAAACAAUUGGCUUUCAAGGUUCUGCUAUAUUCUUAAAGAUUUGUAGCAGUAAAUUGUAAAAAAAAAACAACCAAACAACAAAAAAACCUCUUCACACUGUCGGUGAUGUGUCCCUUAAAACCUGGAAGACAAAUAAAUCCCAGGAGCUUUUCAUGUGAAUCCAUCAUAAAUAUUGUAUUGAUUCAUCAAUCUCACUAAAAUGGAGCAAAAAAAAGCAAUCCAGUUGGAAUUGAUCAUCUUUAUGAGCACUAUUUUAUUUCCACUACUUGUACUGCUGAUUCUUCACAUUCUCACGACGUGUCCCACUUGAUUGUUGUGUGCAGCCCAUAAACUUCCCUCAAUGACUAACAUACAGUCAUUGUAUACUGUGCAUACAAUAUAAUAUAAUCAUCAUUCUGAGUGAAAAUAGACUAACAUCAUGCUUCAACAGCUACUUAGCCGUAAAUGAUCCCAAAUCAAUUACUUUUAUCUUUACCUUUAAAUCGUCGUGAGGAAAGAAGUGUGUGUGUGUGUGUGUGUGUGUGCGCGUGUUUGUGUGUGUGUGUGUGUGUGUGGUGUGUGCGUGCGUACAAGGAUUGACUUUAAGCCUUCCAAGCACUGAAAGCAGAUUGGAAGAGGAGGAGGUGAGGCGGAUUGCAAUUGACUAGCAGCAAUGUGUUGCAGAAAGAUGCUCUCUGCGCUCUGUAUGCGUUAGAAAUCCAUUCAAUCCAUGUCAAAAAAACAAGACAAGGUCUGCCGAGGUCAGCGCUCGCAGCAAAGUAAAGACAGCGAGAGAAAGAAAGCAGUUUAUUGUUGUGAUUGUAAUCUUUUACGACUAGAAUCACUUACUUUAAUUAGUUUUACUGUUUAUGAGCAAAGACAAACUUAUGUACUUAGUUUUUUUUUAAAGAUCUUUUGUCUUUUUUAUGGACUUUAGCACAAGAAAAAAAUAACACUUGGUUUCAUCUAACUCCUGUUUAGCAUAUUGAUUAUGUUGUUAGUUAAUUAGUCUUGUGUUGUUUCUUGAAAUGUGAUCUUUUUAAUGGGAUGGGAGAAUGCCACUGAAUGUUCUGAGCUUCUGUUUCCAUUCCUCUGUUGUAUUAAGAGCAAUAAUGUUGUAUAACUUUUCCUUUUAAAAGUCAGAAUAAAAGUUACCUUCUAAUAAUA